AUGCCCGAGAUUGCCGAAGCUGCCCGGAUCGUGCAUUUUCUCCGCAAACACCUUGUCGGCAAACAGAUCAAGAAGGCUGCAGCUAUUGAUGAUAGCAAUGUAUUUGGAAAGGCUGGCACAACCGGUGCCACCUUUGCAGCCAGUGUGCUGGGAAAGAAAGUCCUGUCUGCCGGUAGCCAAGGCAAAUACUUCUGGAUCGUGCUUGACAGCCAGCCGCAUCCGGUUAUGCACUUUGGCAUGACAGGAUGGAUUCACAUCAAGGGAAUGCGUACAGCGUACACUAAUUACUACAACAAAAUGAAGCCCGGCGAUGCCGAUCUUUGGCCGCCCAGAUUCUGGAAAUUCCAUCUCCAGGCAGAAGCUGAUGGCGCUGCUGACAAGGUUGAGCUCGCCUUCACGGACCCCCGGCGCUUUGGUCGCGUCCGCCUCAUCGACUGCCCUGGCGACCGCAUCCGCCAAUUCUCCCCGCUGGUCGAGAACGGUCCAGACCCGGUCGUGGAUGCCGACAUCUUCACUGAGUCCUUUGUCCGCGACACCAUGCAGCGCCGUCACGUGCCCAUCAAGGCCCUGCUGCUCGACCAGGCCUUUAUCAGCGGCAUCGGCAACUGGGUCGGCGAUGAGGUCCUUUUCCAGGCGCGCCUGCACCCAGAGCAGUAUUGUGACGAAUUUGAUGGCGCUCAAGUCAAACAGCUGUAUACAUCCAUCUGCCACGUGUGCCGCACCGCCGUCGAUCUGCUCGGCGACUCGGACCGCUUCCCAGACGACUGGCUCUUCCACUAUCGCUGGGGUAAGGGCAGCAAGGGCGCCGUCCCGCAGCUUCCGGGUGGCGAAAAGCUGUCCUUCCUCACUGUCGGCGGCCGGACGAGCUGCUUCGCGCCAAGCCUGCAAAAGAAGAGCGGCGGCGUGGCGCCAGGAAUCAAGGAGGAACCAGUCGUCAUCAAGGGAGAUGGAGUAGAAAGAACUAAAACGAAGCAGGCGAAAGAGACCAAACAAGCGAAACAGGCCAAACAAGAGAUCGAAAUGCAGUCGGCGUUGCCAAACGCGAAACUCCCUUUGAAUCCAGGCCGAAGACGUUCCGCCAGGCUCACUGGAAAUUGA